AUGUCCGCAAUCACCCCCCGCUCGUCACCAUCACGCGUGUCCUCGCGCAAGACCUCCCCCUCCCCCGUCUCGGUGCCCCCGCCGAACCUCCCUCUCCCCCGCCUCGUCUCACCGCGCCGCACCCGUCCGCGCCGCACAGACCUCCACAGCGGUCUCUGCCCGCUCGCCGAGGCAGACGAGGACACUCCCUCCCGCUGCCCGUCGCUGUACAACCCCACCUCGCCCGUCUCAGAGACGCAGCGCUCCUCCAUAGUCUACACGCCCUGCGCCGAGGACGACGACCCCUUUGAGGACUGCACAUUCUCGCCUGUCUCCGACGUCUUCUACGACGACUCGGCGAAGCACGCCGCCCGCUCCCUCCGCUCCCCAAUCCGCACACCCACGCCAUCCCGCCUUGCGGCACCCUACCGCCUCCUCCCUGCCCUUCCCAUCCUCUCCGUUUGCGAGCAGCGCCCCGCACCCCCGUCUCCCCCGACCCCAAGCUCGCCUCUCACACCCACCACCCCCGGCCUCGACGGCAUGGGCGCGAACCUCGUCAGUGCGCUCCGCAACCUCCUCACCUCCUGCGGCGAGUACGAGUACGACUACGCCUUCGCCGACGCGGAAGAAGCAUACCCCGAGCCCGUACCGGGACAGUUCGACGACGCCGUGUCUCCAAAGUCAUCCCCGACACUCGCGUGCCCACGCACACCCCCGCCACAGCCGGCACGCGCCGCCGAGCUCCUCCGCGCUCCCCGCCCUCGCCGCGGACCACGGCAGCCCCUCGCGCCAGGCUUCAACGCCGACCACUCGGUGCUCGCGGCCAUGUCGGCCGAAUGUCGUGACCGCGCGAUCGAAGCAUUCGAAGACCUCCCGCCCCUCUCGUCCAGCUCGAGCGUCUCCUCCGCCUCCUCCCUCGCGUCGCUGUGCGGCAUGGCCUCCGGCAUGACCAUGGCCCCCCGCCCGCCCGUCACGCCCCCGCGCAAGUCGAGCCGCCGCAUCCUGCGCUCCCCCCUGCCUCUAUGGUCGUAG